AGUAGGAAAAGCAGUAAUAAAGGAAAAUUGAAACAAUAGAAGGACACCUGGUGGUUGAAAAAGAAAGCGCAAAAUGUCUCAUGCAAUUAAAAAACAGAUGACUGGAACUGGAAGUCAACAGCAACAAUUAAGAAGAAACUCAGGCCUUGAAGAAAUGGAUUUGAGGGAGCUUAUUAUUAGUUUGAAAUUGGACGUGGGAGGAUUGAGAAGAGAGUUGAAAGAAAAAAUCAAUACAAUUGAUGGGAAAUUAGAAAAAUUAGAAAACACAAUGAAAAAAAAUGAAAAAGAAAAUGAAGAAAUAAAGGAAAAAUUAACAGAAGCCUUAGAAGGAAUGAAGGAGACAGAUAAGAAAGUACAAGAAAUUAAGAAUAAAAAUCAACAAAUGGAAGAGAUGGUGAAGAAAAUUAGCAAAGAACAAAGGGAACAAAGAAAAGAAAUGGACAAAUUGAAAAAGGAGAUGGAGGAACAAAAAGCAAUCCAGGAAGCUACUGGGGAUGCACUAGCAAUGAUACAGAUGCAGAUUAAAGGGAAGACCUUGAGAUUCAGAAAUGUUCCAGAAGAGGAGAAGGAAGAUAUUUGGAAGAUGACUGAAACCUUAGCAAAGUGGCUACAUUUACAGGAAAAAGACAUAAUAGAACAGACAGAGAAAAUCUUCAGAGUGAACUCAAGGAAAGUAAAAAUUAACAAAUGGCCGGCAGACUGCAUCAUUGUAUUCACAUGGAAUUGGAUGAAAGAUAAAAUCCUCCAAGUAAAGAGUAAGAACAAAUUAACUAUAGAUGGAAAGGAAAUAAUAAUUUUACAGGAGGUCCCACCCAGGCUGAUAAAAAAGAGACAGCAAUUCCAAUUUCUAACAAAAGCACUAAAGGCCAAAUCAAUAUCCUUCAGAUGGGAAUACCCAGUGGGGAUUUCCUUCAACUUCAAAGGAAAAAGAAGACGAUUUGAGACAUUUGAGGAAGCAGAUAUGUUUUGGAGGAAGUAUCGAGGAGAAUUAGGAGGAGGACAAAGCGAAGUAAGAAAUGAGGAAGGAAGAAAGGGAGAGCUAUCGGAUGAGGCGGAAGAAGAAGAAAGAGCUCAGCAAAGGGUGUAA